AUGUUCUCCGUCAGGAGUGCGGCGAUAGCGGCAGUUACACUAUGGGUUUUUAUGCUAUUCUAUUUAUCAGCUCAACUUUUCGGAUUGCAGGGGAAAGCUCGAUACGAAGAAGGCGCAGUUAGCAGUCAACUGGAAGAAGCCUUGCAAGAUCUGCGAGAGCUUAAAGUGCAAAAUGAAAAUUUGAAGGAACUGAUCAAAGCGGAGAGACGAGAGCGCGCAGAACGGGAUCGCGACCUCAUCAGGAAGGAGAAGUAUGAUACAAUCUGUUUGAACUUACAAGGACAAUUAUUCUAUAGCAAUAGCACUAACCAUUUAUUCAUAUAAUG